AAAAAAAAAACAAACAAACAAAAUACACGAUAACAUGAUUUUCGUGACAAUUCGUAAUGUUAUCAUGGAUUCGAAUAGAACGAUCGAAUUGAUAAAGUUAAAAGUUGUGAUAUUUUGCGAGACGUAAGAUAUAUAGACAAGGAUGUUUAAGAUUUGCACAAAAAUUGUGAGAAUUUUUAAAGUUUGGAGAUUUUCAAGAUAUCAAAAUGGCGGAUAUGCAGGCAGGAAAUCAAAAUACGAUAUACGAAGAGAGGAGAAUCGAUGUCAUUCGACGAUAAACCGGCUCGGUAAGAUAAACCUCAUUAAGAGGAUGAUUUCCAAUAUGAUCUUUACCGUCUCCCACGAGUCGGACGUCAGAAAUAAGGAAAGAUAUUUUCGUCCGCUCGUAAAAGUCGAAGAGAACGGGGGUUUCUUUAGUGGUAUAGCCGAAGCAAUUUUGAUAAUCGCAAGGCUCGUGGUCAUAAUGUUUGCUGCCAUUAUCUUGGCCACGGCUUUUUUAAUGAUACGACUGACAAACUCUCAAGUUUUUCCGGGUAUCUUACGAAGAGUAAUUAUAUUCCUGGGUCCAACUUUCAUCAAAUUUGGCCAAUGGAUGUCGACAAGAAAGGAUCUAUUUCCCGAAAACGUUUGUAAUUCUCUAACUCAUUUACAACGCAAUGCAUCAUGCCAUUCGUGGUUGUAUACAAAGAAUUUACUCAAAGCAACAUACGGACCAAAUUGGAGAGACGUUUUUGUCAAAUUCGAAGAUGAAAUACCUAUCGGUUCGGGAUGUUGUGCCCAGGUUUACAAGGCGUGGGUCGAUCUUAACGUUCAUGCAGGAAGGAUACAAGAGCCCCGGCUAUCGUGUUUCGUCGAAAUUAUCGAAUAUUUAAAUAUGGGACACUUCUUCACUACAUUGGAGAAAAUAUUUACCACUGAUGAACACGAAAAGAUCGAUAAAAUUGGUAGAAAAUUGCAGCCAGUUGCCGUUAAGGUUCUUCAUCCUGGUAUCAAAAAUCAAAUAAAGAGAGACUUGAAGAUAAUGCGAGUCUUCAGUAAACUCGCCACGUACGUCGUUCCGGAGUUACAUUGGCUGAGUUUAACCGAUUGUAUCGACGAAUUUUCAUUGAUUAUGGAACAACAAGUCGAUAUGAGAUUAGAAGCUAAUAAUUUGUUAAGAUUUACAAAUAAUUUUGUUAAAACGGAAGAGAUUGUUUUUCCACGCCCUUAUAUGGAAUUUACACGUAACGAAAUAUUGGUAGAAACUUUCCACGAAGGCUCACCGAUAUCCAAUUAUAUCGAUUACGAGGAUAAUAAAGUGCAACAUAAAUUGGCGAAGCUCGGUAUUACGAUGAUUCUUAAAAUGGUAUUCAGCGAUAAUUUUAUACAUUGCGAUCUCCACCCGGGUAACAUUUUGGUCCAGGAAGUAAAAAAACAGAGAUCAACGUUUCUCGAUUCUUUUUUGAGCAUCAUUAGCUUUGAUUAUACAGAGAAUGAUCCGAGACUGGUAAUACUCGACUGUGGUUUGGUGGUAUCCCUGAACAACCGUUGUCGAAAACAUCUUCGAGAUAUCUUUCGAUCGGUAUUGAUGGGAAACGGUGAACUCGCAGCGGAAUAUAUAUUGGAACAUACUUUCCAUAUGACACCGGAUCCAGAUGGUUUCAAAACUACGAUGAAUAAUAUAGUUACGGCUUAUCUUAAAAAUCCAGGCAAUUUUAAUAACGUGAAUGUAAGUACCGUUGUGUCUGAAUUAUUUUCCGCGAUGGUUCGUCACCGGGUGAAGCAGGACGGAUCCUUUAGCAGCGUGAUUCUCAGUAUGGUAGUGAUCGAGGGGCUCGGCCGAAGUCUAGAUCCUAAUAUCGAUAUCUUCUCCGAAGUUCUUCCAUUUGUUUUCAAUAAUACCGUGUAUGGUUAAAAAGA